AUGUCUCUGGUGGUACCCGAUAAGAAUCAAUUUCAACAUAUUCUUCGUCUGCUGAACACCAAUGUUGAGGGUAAAACCAAGGUACAAUUUGCCUUAACUGCCAUCAAAGGUGUCGGUAGACGUUACUCUAACCUCGUGUGCAAAAAAGCAGAUGUUGAUUUGUCUAAACGAGCUGGUGAAUUGACUAACGAGGAAUUAGAACGUAUAGUCACGAUUAUACAAAAUCCUGUACAAUAUAAAAUUCCAAAUUGGUUCUUGAAUCGACAAAAAGAUAUUUUUGAUGGUAAAUUCUCGCAAAUUCUUGCAAAUGGUCUUGAAAGCAAACUCCGUGAAGAUUUGGAGCGUCUAAAAAAGAUUCGUGCACAUCGUGGUCUACGUCAUUAUUGGGGUCUACGUGUGCGCGGUCAACAUACAAAGACUACUGGUCGACGUGGUCGAACUGUCGGUGUGUCGAAAAAGAAGGAUCGAGAGUAG